AAAGGUAAAGCGAAUAGCAGAGUCGAGUAUUUUGAGUUGAGCCGAGUUGACGGGUCGUUUUUUUUUUUUUUUUGCCAAUCAGUGCCGAGGCGCUUUACCAACCAAACUCUCGUUUUCGUUAAUUAAAUUUCCCAAUGGAUUCUAAUCAUCGAUCCUUUUCUGCUUAAUUGUUUUUCGUAUUUCUUCUGGCUUCUUUUGUUGAUCGCAACCCUCGAUUUGUCGUUGUUGCAAUAUGCGAGGGUUUAAAUAACCAAAAUGCAGCUAGCAGUAUAGAAAGGGGUGUGCACCUUUGCAUGCCCAGAGUUCGAGACCAUAAUGUUUGCUGAGAGUGCGAAUGAGGAAUCGCUUGGUCAGGAUUUUGAGGCUCUAACUGUGUCUAAACGGCUUGUGAGGAGUGUUAGUCAGAAGUUGAGGGGAAAAAACCAUAGAGUUGAAGAGGAUGAAGAUGAUAAGGUGAGAGGGGUUUCGCUGAAAUGUCUAACUCUAUAUGGUAGAGGUGGUGGUUGCAAAGUCAGUGCUGAUACAGGUGAGGAAUUUGGUGAUACAAGUUAUAGGAGAAGGCCGAGUAUCAGUGAAGGAGGAAAGCUGUACAAAUCAAUUUGUGGUAUUGAGGAAAAUAAUUUUGAUUGCUUCUUGUAUGGCAUGAGGGAGAAGUUUUGGAAGAGGAGCAAUAGAAAGGAUUUAGAUCUUGACGAAUCGGUACAAAACAGCAGGAUGCAUAUCUUUCUUCCAGAUGACAUUCUUGAGAUGUGCUUGGUGAGACUACCAUUGACCAGCCUUAUGAAUGCACGUCUUGUGUGCAAGAAAUGGAGACACUUGACUACGACUCCUAGGUUUUUGCAAAUGAGACGAGAAGGUUCUUGUCAAAAGCCAUGGUUGUUUCUAUUUGGGGCUGUUAAAGACGGCUAUUGCUCUGGGGAGAUACAUGCACUAGAUGUGUCUCAAGAUCAAUGGCAUAGGAUUGGUGCUGAUAUCCUCAGAGGAAGGUUCAUGUUCUCAGUUGCCUGUAUGCAUGAUGAUGUUUAUAUCGUUGGAGGUUGUUCAAGCAUAAACUACUUUGGGAGGGUGGAUAGGAGCUCAUUCAAGACACACAAAGGUGUAUUGGUCUUUAGCCCUCUCACCAAAUCUUGGCGCAAAGUUUCAUCUAUGAGAUAUGCUAGAUCAACGCCUAUUUUAGGAGUAUCCGAGGUCUGUUCAGAUUUCUCAAUCAUUCAAAGCCAUCAGAAUCGACAUGAUAGGCAGUUUCCCAGAUCUCGAGUUGGUGAGGUGUCAGAUGUUUAUGAGGAUCCCCACAGGCUUUCAGUCAGACGCCAGUACAGAAAUGCUUUUGAUGUAAAUGAGCCUUCAUCAUUACCGAAUAGAAAAUCUUACAAGUUUAUAAGACAGAGAAGUGAACAAGCAAAUACAAAGGGUUGUAAAAGAUUUGUGUUGAUUGCUGUUGGAGGUCUUGGAUCUUGGGAUGAGCCACUGAAUUCUGGUGAAAUCUAUGAUUCUGUAUCAAAUAAAUGGACUGAAAUCCAGAAGCUGCCUAUAGACUUUGGGGUUGUUUGUGCUGGGGUCGUUUGUAAUGGGAUGUUCUAUGUCUGCUCCGACAAUGACAAGUUAGCUGCUUAUGACAUAGAAAGAGGCUUCUGGAUUGGAAUCCAAACCUCAACAUUUCCUCCCCAUGUUCACGAGCACUAUCCUAAACUUGUUUCUUGUAAUGGUCGCUUGUUUGUGUUUUAUGUCUCUUGGUGCGAGGGAGAUGGGCAAAUUGGUCGGAGAAACAAGGCUGUGAGAAAAUUGUGGGAGCUAGACCUGAUGUAUCUGACAUGGACCGAGGUCUCGGUGCACCCCGAUGCUCCAAUGGAUUGGAACCCUGUUUUUGUUGCCGACAGGAACUUAAUAUUCGGCGUUGAAAUGUUUCAAAUAUUUGGUCAGGUGUUGGAUUUCUUAACUGUCUGUGAUGUGUCUAAUGUGGAGAUGAGUUGGAGCCGUAUUUCUAGGAAUCACAUGGCUCAUGAAUUAGAUUCUUCUUCCUGCAUAACUAGGACAAUGGCGGUGCUACAUCUAUAAUGCCUUCUGCAACGCACUGCAAUUCAAUCGGAAAAAUUAUAAAACAUCACAGCUGCUCGGGGACUUUGUGCAUACAUUUCUUUCGGCCUGUGAAUUUUUCGUAUUUUUUUCUUUGAAUUUCCACAAUUUGUAGGACGGCGACCACAUCUGGUCUCUAGUGCUUUAUUCAGUGGUAGCACAGGUAUGGUCAUUUGCAGUAAUCUUCACAGUAAUUUCUUCACCAUUGUUCAUAAACGGAUUAUGUA